AUGCCCCAGAAAUGUUACCAUGGCAAGACUAGACGGGUCUAUAAUGGUACUCAACAUACUGUAGGCAUUGUUGUAAAAAAACAGGUUAAGGGCAAGAUUCUAGCCAAGAGAAUUAAUGUUCGUAUUGAGCAUAUUAAGCAUUCCAAGAGCAGAGACAGCUUCCUGAAGCAGAUGAAAACUAGAGCUACACAGUGGUCUUUUACACUGGACAAUCGCAGGGGUGAGGGUGGUGGUCAUUCUGAAGAAUUGGAACCCUUGAAGCCAUCAUCCUCAGAAAGGAAACUUGAAGUUGUUGAACAUAUUGACUCUGGUGAUGGACAGUUUGUGGAUGAAUCUAUAAAUAAAUUUCAGUCAGAUAAAAAUUCAAAUAAUCUUGUUAUGGAAAGCUUCAGUGAAGGAGAAAGACUACAUCGGAUUGUGAGCUGCACUGCUUGUGGACAGCAGGUGAACCAUUUUCAGAAGGAUUCAAUAUAUAGCAUCCUGCACUAA